AUGAAAUUACUUCAAAAUAUGACCUUUUCAAGAAAUUUUGCAAAAAUUUUUGUUCCAUUGUAUUCCGGACGUCGUUUUUGUACGAUGAUACCGGAAGGAGCCAUGCAAAUGACUGAUGAAUUCAACAUUAUUUCAAAAUCAUAUGGCAUACAAAGUAUAGCGCCCGGGGUACAACGUAUUUUACUCAUUCAUCCACGAUUACGUCGAGGACGUUUCUUUGAUUUAAAUCCAGAGAGAGCUAAGCUACAAUUGGAAGAAGCAGUUGCAUUGGUCAAUACUUUGCCCAAUUUCAAAGUUAUGGAAACAACUGCGGUAAGCACCGAUCGCUCUACUAAAAAGAAACGUCUUUGGGGUAGUGGACGUAUUCAACGAAUAAUUGCUCUCAAAGAAAAAAUCUCUGCUACAGCACUAAUGAUUGAUGUUGAUAUUUUAUCACCGAAGCAACAGGCUGAAUUGACAUCAAUUUUUCGUACUCCAGUAUAUGAUCGUUACAAUAUAGUAUUGCUCAUUUUUAAAAUAUUUGCAAAAACAAAGGAAGCUAAAUUGCAAAUUCAACUUGCUGAAAUUCCUUACAUAAGGCAGCGAUUAUUAUCUAUGUAUGAAUUGCAUGUGGAUCCAUCUCUUCUUCAUCUCGAUACAUCCGAGAAAUCAAAAGCCGAAAGACUAGAAGUUUUACGAUAUCGUGAGCAACAUUUACGAAAAUGUUUAAAAGCUGCAGUAGAAGAGAAAGUUAAUUUGCGAAUUGGCGAAGCUCAGAAAAACAUACGAACAGUGGUUGCUGUAGCUGGAUAUACAAAUGCUGGUAAAAGUUCACUAAUUAAAAGAUUAACAGGACGAAAUUUAUAUGUUGAAGAUCGUUUAUUCGCUACGCUGGAUACAUCACUUCAUGUUUUUCGGUUACCAUCCGGUUUACCAAUACUUUUUGCCGAUACAAUUGGAUUCAUAUCGAAUCUACCUACCCAGUUACUUGCAUCUUUUCAAGCUACGCUAAAUCAUGUUGCAAAUGCAGAUUUAUUGUUGCAUGUAGAAGAUGUUUCAAAUCCUGAUUAUCUUACACAACGUAAUGUUGUCAUGAAAACAUUAUCAGCACUUAAAAUUCGAAAUGAAUUAUUAAAAUCAGUGAUUCGGGUUGGAAAUAAAAUUGAUAAGUUGUGUCGAUUACCUCCUCAUGAAUCUAACACAUAUUUUGUCUCUUGUGCUGAUGGCCGUGGAUUUGUUGAGUUGUUAGCUGCUAUCGAUAAGAGAGUGCUAGCAAUCAGUGGUGUAACAAUUCGUCGAUUGAAGUUACGUCCACAUUCAGAAGCAUUUUCAUACUUAUGUAAAUAUUCCUUUCUUGUUGGUCAACCGAUUCCAUCGGAUGACAAUAAUUAUUUGCUAUGUAAUGUUAUUAUGGAUGAUAAUGAAUUUAGCAAAUUUAGAGCUAAUUUUUCGUUUUCAAAAAUUUGA